UAAGGUUGAACAACUAAAGAUGGGAUCCCAAAAAUCUCCAUAUUUUGAUGCCAACAGCGUUUUUUACAUAGGUUUAUUAUAUAUAUGCAUAUAUGAAACGCUAGCAGUGUCUUGGCCUACCAAUGGUCAACAAACAUCAUGGAAUAAUCGCCCAUCAUAUAAUCAAUAUUAUCAGUAUCAACGUGCCUACCCGGGGCUAUAUAACAGACCUACUACAGCGCCAAAUGCGUAUUCUAAAAAUUCAGCUGCGAUCACAACAAGAACUACAUAUCCUUAUUACAGAUCAUCAACUUACAAUAGAUACCCGCAACAACAACAACAACAACGAUGGGGAAUGCCACGUUUUCCAGCAUUUCUGCCUCCCUUGAGAAAUUAUCAACAGGUCAAUAGGCUAGAACCGUUCUUACCCCCUCCAUCGGGCGACCGCAACAUUCCACUAACACCGGGUGUAAUGAGAAUGCUUGGAAUCAGCCCCCAUGGUCAUAUGAUGAAUAGAAUGGGAAUGAAUCAACCGUAUGGACCUGAUCGUACAGUUGGUGGAAUUACCGUCGACGGAUCAGAUGUCAGCUAUGCUUAAAAUAUUGAUGAAAUUAUGGUUGGUUCAAAUAUAACUGGCUCAACUUUUGUUUUUUAUCUCGUUCUUUGCCUUCUGAGUUUUAUUCAUUCUACAUAAUUUUUGAGAAUGUUACUCUGGAUCUUCCUCUGGAGAUUUUUGUGUUCAGAGUGUAACAAACACUAGCAACCCCCAAGUUCAUACUGGCAACAUCCAUGUUAAUAUUUCUGGAUAGACUUCUUAUUCUUGUGAAGAUGAUGCAUUUUUACAAAGAUUUUUUCAUGAAAACAGUGUUUAAUCUUUAAGUUGUGAAUCACUCUGUGAUACUUUCGCUUUUUUAAAACUGCUGAAUGCAUAGUUUGUUUGAAAUCGUAAACGCCAAGCAGUUUUAACCACAAACGUUAUGUUUUCACAAAAUAAAUAUUUUAAACAAUGGACUAUGUUGUAAUUUGGCUAUUCGCAUCAGAAGAGUAAUGGUAUAAUUGAGACGUAUUGGCAAAAGUUUGUCCGUCCUUGGGAAAAGGUAAAAUGCCGUUAUUUUAAUUCAAAUCCUUUUACCAGUUGUGUCAGGGUUUACAAAACAAGACAUCUGAAUGAAUUUAUACACCUGUUUUGUUUUAACGGCACCAAUCACAACCAUGAUAUAUUUUAUCGCUAAUCAUGUCUCUAAAACAUUUUUGGUUUUUGAUAUGGCUCUUCUAUGGAGCCCCUAAGGCGCAAUUGUAAACAUAUUUAUGUAUUAUUUCGUUAAAACGAAAUAAUUAUUUCGUUUAAACGAAAUAAUAAAUAAAUAUGUUUACAAUUGCGCCCUAGGGGCUCCGUACUCUUCCUUGGGUGAUUAAUUAUGAUUCAAGUUUCGUCAAAUUCUCCAUAAACUGUACCUUGUUGUGUUAACAGACUAGAACUCCAUUUCAUGAAAAUAAAGAAAGUAACUCGUU